AUGGCCUCGAGCGCUGAACCGCAAGAUCGCCCGCAACAAACAUUACCAAACGACAACGACAUGGCAAACCUCGCCGCUGAGACCGACGUCACCAUGUCCUCCUCCGCCGACGCAGCGCCCUCCUCACCACCACCCUCCGCCGCCGCUCCCGCAGCAAUGUCCUCGGAAGGCAGCGAAGGCAGCGACGACAACGAUGAGGACACCCUCAGCAUAACCCUCACCCACCACGGCGCAAAGCACACCCUCCGCCUCCCGUCCUCCGCCACCAUAUCCACCCUCUCCGACGCCAUCGCCGCGCAGCUCUCCAUCCCACCCACGCACCAAAAGCUCCUCAUCACGCCCAAACCGGGCCUGCUCAAACCGCCUUUCUCCAACGACAACAACAACGCCAACCCGGCCGCCGCCCUCCCGCUCGCCCCGCUCGUCGCCGCCAAGCGCAAGAUCGUCCUGAUGGGCAGCACGCCGGCUGAAGUCUCGUCGCUGCAAGCGUCCGUCUCGCACGCGACAGCGCAACACGCCGCGCGCGCCUCGCGCCGCUACGCCGUGGCACCAGCCACACCCGCGCGCACGGCUGGGCGGGGUGCGCUGGGCAGCGCGAAGGCGUCCGAGGAGGCGCAGUACACGUUUCAUGCGAUUCGCCCGCUGGCGUACCUGCCGCGGCCGGAGAGGAGUACGGCGUUUCUGGAGCGGCUGCGGGACGAUGCGGGGAUAAGGGCGGUGAUGCGCAGGCAUAAGUUUAGUGUGGGGUUGUUGACGGAGAUGGAUCCGGCGAUGCAUACGACGCAUGAGAGUCGGACGUUGGGGCUGAAUCGGAAUAGGGGGGAGGUGAUUGAGUUGCGGUUGCGGACGGAUGCGUAUGAUGGGUAUAGGGAUUAUAAGACGAUUCGGCGGACGCUGUGUCAUGAGUUGACGCAUAAUGUGUGGGGGGAUCACGAUCGGAAUUUUUGGAAUUUGUGCAGGGAGAUUGAGAGGGAGGUGGAGAGGGAUGAUUGGAGGCGUGGUGGAAGGACGGUGGGCGGCGUGGGCGGGGAUGAGGUGUAUGAGCCUGCGGAUGAUCCGGAGAGGAGGGGCGAUGUGUUCGAUCAUGGUGGGUGGACUGGAGGAGAGUUCGUGCUUGGUGGGAGUGGUGGCGCGGCGAUUUUGGGGAGUUCGGGGACCGUAACGGCUGAGGCCGGUGAUGGGUUGAGUAGGAGGGAGGUGCUUGCAAGAGCGGCGGAAGAGAGGGCGAGGAGAGCGAGGCAGGAGAAGGGUGGUGAAAAGGGAGAAGAGGGAAAGAGUUGA